GGCGGCGCUCGGCGGAGGCAGGAAGUGUGUCCCCAGCGGCGGCCCGUGCCGCGCUCCCGCGAGACGCUUACCUGCGACCCAGCCAUUCAUUGAGAAGUCCAGGAGAUUUCAAAGCCUAAGUUAGACCACAAAGAGAACUUUCUCUUUGGGACAAGAAGAGCUCAACGUUUGCAGGGGUUUACGGGAUGCCCCAUCCAUCCUCAUCACAGGCUUCUCAGGUCAGCUCAGGAGCUUGUCCCUGACCUCCUCCUGGCUUCUCCCUGCAGGUGCCUGGCUGCAGCAAGCCAUGCUCUGAACCAUGCCCAGGCCGGGACAGCCCCGCCCAUCAUCUGGGCCUCCACGCUUGGGGCCCUGGGAGAGGCCAUCAGAGUUAUGCCUGGAAACGAAUGAUGAGCGCUCCCAGCCCCCACCGAGCCGUCGCACCAGGAAACCAGACCCUAAGGACCCUGGCCACCACGGGCCAGAGAGUAUCACCUUCAUUUCAGGCUCUGCAGAACCAGCCAACGAGCCCCCAACCUGCUGCCUCCUCUGGCGCCCCUGGGGUUGGGACUGGUGUAGGGCUGCCUUCUGCUUCCGCCGCUGCAGGGAUUGCCUGCAGCGCUGUGGGGCUUGUGUGCGGGGCUGCAGCCCCUGUUUAUCUGCCGGAGACCCCAUUGAAGGGUCUGCCGAAGCCUCCUGGGCCAAGGAACACAACGGUGUGCCCCCCAGCCCGGACCGCGCACUCCCCAGCCGCCGGGAUGGCCAGAGGCUCAAGACCAGCAUGGGCAGCAGCUUCAGCUACCCUGAUGUUAAGCUCAAGGGCAUCCCUGUCUACCCUUACCGCCAUGCCACCUCCCCAGUCCCUGAUGCGGACUCCUGCUGCAAGGAGCCCCUGGCCCAGCCUCCUCCCACACGGCACAGUUUGCCUAGCACCUUCACCAGCAGCCCCCGCGGCUCUGAGGAGUACUACUCCUUCCAUGAAUCGGACCUGGACCUGCCCGAGAUGGGCAGUGGCUCCAUGUCGAGCCGGGAGAUCGACGUGCUUAUUUUCAAGAAGCUGACAGAGCUGUUCAGUGUGCACCAGAUUGACGAGCUGGCCAAGUGCACGUCGGACACCGUGUUCCUGGAGAAGACCAGCAAGAUCUCAGACCUGAUCAGCAGCAUCACGCAGGACUACCACCUGGACGAGCAAGACGCCGAGGGCCGCCUGGUGCGGGGCAUCAUCCGAAUUAGUACCCGCAAAAGUCGUUCCCGUCCACAGACCUCCGACGGGCGUUCAGCCCGCUCUACUGCCCCUGCUGCUGCCCCUGACAGUGGUCAUGAGACCAUGGUGGCCUCUGGCCUCAGCCAGGACGAGCUGACAGUGCAGAUCUCCCAGGAGACGACCGCAGAUGCCAUUGCCAGGAAGCUGAGGCCAUAUGGAGCCCCAGGGUACCCGGCCAGCCAAGACUCAUCAUUCCAGGGCACGGACACAGACUCUUCAGGGGCACCCCUGCUGCAGGUGUACUGCUAACCCCUACUGGCCCAGCAGUCACAGCCUCUCCUGGAAGAAGUAUAGCCAUCGGAGGAGGAACCAGGACCUCUGUGUGGGCCAAACUCUGAGCCCAGAAGCAGUGACCUUCUGGCUUCUGCUUGUGUUGAAUCCCCUUAGACCACAUACAUUUCACAGGGCCAUGGUGCCCACGCCCCCUUCCGGCUGGCCCGACUGCUGGCUGGGCCUUUCUUCUGCGGCCUGAAAGCAAAGCCUUGGAAGCAGUUUCCCAGUUCCACUCCCAUGUCACCCUAAGCAAUUAUGGGGACUAAGUAGGUUAGGUUGGGGACAGCAUGGCCUCUGUGAUUCUGUGGGCAGUGCCCACUUGCUAUAUUGACAAGCGUAUUGGUUCUUGGCUAUUCUAUACUGUUAACAUGACCCUAGUU